AUGGAUUCGGAUACUCGAUUUGUUACUGAAUAUGCUCGGUAUGAGCAUCCAUGCUUUCUCAAUGUUGGUGAGGCUAUUAUUAAUGACAGGUUUGAACCAUUUUCGGAGUUCACCCAUUUUAAAAUUGUUUACUUGGGAAGGUGGCAGAACUCAGUCACGUAUCACAUUGAAGUCGCAGACAUCAAAAUUCUCAAUGCAUUGAAGAAUAUGAAACAGUUGCAAUUUCUUAGUCUUCGAGGAAUUUCUUUAAUUACAGAGCUUCCCCAAUUCAUUUCAGAAAUGACUACUCUCAAGAUCCUAGAUCUUAGAUCCUGUCACAAUCUUGAGGUGGUUCCAGAUUGGAUUGGUUUACUUAAGAGUUUGACACACUUGGACAUAUCUAAGUGUUACUUUUUAGAUCGCAUGCCUAAGGGACUUGGUUCGCUAUUAGAACUCCAAGUACUUAAGGGAUUUAUAAUUGGAGAUUCCGAUGACAAACACUCAUGUACUAUCGAUGAUUUGACAAAAUUGUCAAAGUUGAGAAAAUUGAGCCUACACACCAACAUGAAAGAAUUCCCAACAACUUUGACAACUGAUAUAGCAGCUCAAUUGGAGAUUGAUAUAGCAGCUCCAACCCUGUUUCAGCUUAUACCUGGUGACUUUGAAUAA